AUGAGUCCUCUCAAGAGCAUGGCUAACGGGGGCUUCCUUCCCACAGUCAAUAAAAACAGAAAGCCAAAGUUUGAGCUACACCUAAAGAUUUACGACUUAAACAACGUCCCGCUAGUAUCCGGAACAUCAAUAGUAAAAUGGCAUCUCUCGCAUUCCAUCCACGCCGAGCACCGGGGACGGACGCCGAAAUGCCCCAUCUCCAACCACAAGGUUGAGUACAACUACUCCAAGACGGUCAGCCACAUUCGGAUCAGUAUCGACAAAAACAACAAUUUGACCGAGUGUCCCAUCGAAUUCGAGGUCUUGCAGGAGUUUCCGGGCACCGGCCGCGAGGAAAAGAUCUCCCUUGGCAUCGUCAAGCUCAAUCUCAGCGAGUAUGUCGAGGAGAGCGACGGUCUCGCCCGCGAGAGCGUGAGCUUCGACCGUAGUCACUCGCGCAAGCGUAGCAGUGGCACGAGUCAAAGCCCGUUGUCGCCAAGAGCCCCAAUCACGGAUGAUCCGGACGUCGUGGAUGGCAUCGUCAGGCGCUACCUCAUGCAGGAGAGCAAGAUCAACAGCACUCUAAAGAUUGGAAUCCUGAUGCUUCAGCUCGACGGCGACAAGAACUACUCUGCGCCCCCUCUGAGGACUGCGCCUGUCUUUGGAGGGAUCGCCGGCAUUGUGGCCGGUGAAUCGGUUGAACAAGACGACGCUGGACAGCUCCCGACCAUGGCCAAAUCCCGCGACGCCUCCGAGGUGCAAGACAUGUACCGCCGCGCCCUCGCAGCUUCCUGGUCCUGCCAGCCUGACGAACUUUCUGCUGACCAAUGCAUCGAAGACAUCUUCUCCGGCGGCGAUGGCUGGCGGACAGGCCGCCAGGGACGUACCGGCAAAAAGACGGCCACAUUCGACCUUGAAAACGAUGGUUCCCUCAGUUCCGAUGAGGGCACCAUGGGCGGCACCCUUCGUCCUUCUGAUUUUCGUAAAAUGGAACGGAAGCAGCAACAAGGGCAGCAACAGCAACAGCAGGAGCCGCCUCAGCAGGACCACCUCCGCCUCCACCACCUUCACAUUGGUCACCGACAUCACUCCCGCAACAAUAGCGGUUCCAGCGAAAGGAGCAUGACGACCGUCGUUACUGGUCGCGGCGACGCUGCCAGCAGCACCGCCGGGGCGAGCAACGUUGCUCGUCGGGGGUCUCACAGUCGCUUACGGGGCCGAGAGGGGGAAGGCGGCACCAGUCGACGCAGCUAUGGCCGAUCGAGGAGCCGCAGCGGCAGCAUCGUGAGCCUAGCGCCGACUAUGGGCAGCAGCGACCGUGGACGCGAGGCGUCGAGACGAAAUAGAGAGCUUGAGGAAUUUAACGUGCGAGACGAUCUCGUCGCCUGGAGGUUGCCCGGUGCUGUCACAUAAGCGGGAUAGCGGGACAAAGCAGAGACGAAGGAGUGGUUCCCGUGACCUUGUAUUUGGGCAUUUGGGCCACUAUCCAUAUUAUAGCGAGGUGUUGAUAGGGAGGCGUACAUUUGCAUAAACGAUGCCCCUCUUUUUCUUUCCUUCAUCAUCAGCAACGCAUUCUUGGUUCUCUUCACACGAAGCUAAUAGAAACCUGUACUUUGGUGUCGCUUGCCAACUGCUGUGGUUUAUAGACUCAGUUACGCAUUCCGUGCCCGGGGUUCGACAAGAUGCUCAGUAUAAACAUCCAGUGACCCGUAUCCUAGAACAACUCGAGGGAAGCUCAAUGUCUCUGACUCCUUCAAUGCUCUUUC